UUGCGUAAUCGUUGUGUAGUUUGUUUCUGGUUGUGUUUUUUCAGGAGUGCGCAGCAGCUGCUCCAGUAAACUACUGCCAUCUUUACCUCAGCUUACCAGUUAGUUCAGAUUUUGGGCCCAGACAAUGGCUGGCGACAACGAGGACACCGCCCUGAAAGAAGCCAGGAGACGCGAGCGUCAGGUAACUUUGGAGAAUACUGACUCGGACAUCGGCUUUUGCGGCUGGCUGCUGGUCGGCCUCUCCCUGCUCCUCGUGCUGCUCACCCUGCCCUUAUCUAUCUGGAUGUGCAUCAAGAUCGUGAAGGAGUACGAGAGGGCCAUUAUCUUCCGCCUGGGGCGCAUUUUGCGCGGUGGAGCCAAAGGACCGGGUUUGUUCUUCGUCGUGCCGUGCACCGACAGCUUCAUUAACGUGGACAUGCGCACCAUCACUUUCGACAUCCCACCUCAAGAGGUUCUGACCAAAGACUCGGUGACAGUGAGCGUUGAUGGCGUGGUCUACUAUCGCGUCCAGAAUGCUACCCUGGCUGUGGCCAACAUCACUAACGCGGAUGCAGCCACGCGCCUGCUGGCCCAGACCACCCUGAGGAACGUGCUGGGCACCAAGAACCUGGCCGAGAUCCUGUCCGACCGCGAGGAGAUCGCGCACAGCAUGCAGUCCUCACUGGAUGACGCCACGGAUGACUGGGGAAUCAAGGUGGAGAGGGUGGAGAUCAAAGAUGUGAAGCUGCCCCUCCAGCUCCAGAGAGCCAUGGCGGCUGAGGCAGAGGCGAGUCGCGAGGCCAGAGCCAAGGUGAUCGCCGCCGAGGGGGAGAUGAACGCGUCGCGGGCGCUCAAGGAGGCCUCCCUGGUGAUCGCAGAGUCUCCGUCCGCCCUGCAGCUGCGCUACCUGCAGACCCUCAACACCAUCGCUGCCGAGAAGAACUCCACCAUCAUUUUCCCGCUGCCGCUGGAGAUGAUGCAGGGCCUCAUCAAACACUGAGGAGGCUAAAAUCCACACACUAACACAACACGCAUCACCUGACAUAUGACACAGUCCCUCCCUCUGUUAGGCAUUCCUCUGUAACCAUCAGGUAACCGAGUGGGCUUAUUUUCAAGGUUUCCUAUUAAUAAGCAACGAAUUAGUAAUUAUUAGUGUGGCACAGCUGAUAGAAAGUUGUUAUAUAUAACACUGCUGGGGUGGGUUUUAUUGUGAAUUUCCACUUGUGGUGUUUUGCAGUGAACCAUAGCAAACACACCUACAGCAGCUUGAUUUACUGCUCUAGAAACCUUGAGGCAAAGCCUAAGCCAAACCCCUUUUUUUACAUAGCAGGGAUUGAAACCCAUAAUUAAUUAUAUUAGGGCAUUUUACAAUAGAUUAAAAAAAAUAAACUGGGAUGAACACAAAUAGAGUCAUUAUAUUAAAAAAAAAAAAGCAGUCAUAAAUGACUCCAGUCUGUCAUUUACAUAGCUCUGUGGCUGUGGAAUUAAACCACUAGUGCUAAGAUGAUGCUUGGUGAGUUGCUCCCUGUGGUUUAUAAUACACUGAAUUGAGACGGCGGCAUUUUUAUUUCCUUGUUUCAUCUGAACCCAGCCUGCUGUGUUUAACCAGCAGCAGCACUCGCACAUAGAUCAGGAAAUAAUAACUAUAUUUUCUUUUAGCAAAGCAAGUUUGCUCACUUCACUUUGCUGUUUAGCUGACCAGCCUCAGCUCUCCAUCAGCUCUUGUCCAUUCAGCACGCUCGCUCAGUCAGUCCAGAGCCAGAGGUGCCAGACGCCCAGCAAAAUCUCCAGCGGCUGGCUCGGCGCGCCUGCCAAUAGCUGACCGCUGACUGAAUUCGUAAAUUGUGUAUGAGCCUUAAACCAAAUCAGCGAGAGUGCAGUUUAACUCUUAUCUUGUUACAUUUUUGUUACAAAUGUAGAAAUUGUGAGUUUAAGUGCCUGAUAGAUAUGUGGUCUACAGCUGCACACACACACACACAUACACACACAAACACACACACACCCUGGUCUAUAUAUUUCUCAGCACUGCUACAGCUGCCAGCAUCUCAGUGCUGCAGUUAUUUAAAGUAAAGUCAGUAUUCUGACUGUACUGCCUGUUACUAUUGCCAAAACCUUACUGAAUGUGUUUUAGACUAAUUUUAAGUGUAAAACUCAGACUAACCUUAGACCUGACAUCAUCGUUGUUACCUUUACCUUUAGUCUCUCCCGCUCGUUGUAUGUGAUUGUGAGGAUGAAGGACAAAAAGCUGACAUGUUUGUGUGAAAUGUUGAAUUUGGGCUUCAAACCUUGAAUGCUGUGAAUAUUGUUAAUGUAAUGUAUUCCUGCCGAUGUUGAACUUUGCUCCACUGACCACGAAGAAGCAGGGAGUCGUGUUAGAAUAAGCUGGUCAGAAAGCGAGGAUCAGUCAGAGUUACCAAGUAAUUAUACAGAAACAUACACACACACCUUUUCUCUAGUUGCCACUAUACUACUACAUUAUAAGCUGAAACAAGUCAAUGGUUGCUGAACUUGUGUGUUUACUCUAAACUCUCUAAUGAAGAUGGAACUGCUACACCUCAGUACUUGGCUGUCAGUUGUUUCUUUUAUUUUUUUCAUCCCGUCAACCUGUGUGGCUUCAUUGUCUGCUUAGGUGAAGCAGAGGCUGUAAAUCUUACAACCAAAGGCCUUAAUGUACUGACAUGUAUUCAUUUUACAGUCCAGUAUCACUCUAUGCACUUCUAUACAAAAUUAUCUAAAAAAGUUACUUUACCUAUUUUAUUUUUUUUAACGAUAUUUUAUCACUUGCGCUCUUUGUGGGUGUAACAAAAGCCAAAUACUAGCCUUUGUAAUAAUCUGUAUUAAUCUGUAGUAUAUCUGCAGUUUGCAUGUGUUUCCCUCUUUUUAGCAUUUCAAGAACAGAGUUUCUAAAUGUAGCUUGCAUUGUUUAGUCUGUCUGUGACCAAGCAGUGUUUUAUAUAUAGAGCCCUGUGAAGUUUAUUAUAGUUUUGCCUCACGAAGGGCUCGGUUUUGUGGGACAAACAGGUUUAAGUUACCUGUCGCUGCAGGAAACAAAGGCUGUGACAUUAUACUACAGUAACUUUUAGCUCUUUUUUUGCUGUUACAGUGAAAGAGGAGUAUCAGAUGCUGUGGAGCUUAUGUUAAGUCAAAACAUGUGUGUAUUGUUGGUGUUUGCUUUGCUGUUGUUGGUAGCUAACAUAAUUUUUGGUAGUUCAUUGACGAAUGUAUAUGAUUUUGUCUUGAGAUAUGUAUAUGACAGAUAAAGGUGACAAAUAAAGAUCUGACUGAAAA